AUGCAUCGCAACCCUUUCAUCCUUGCAGCGUUGCCUGUACUGGCGAGAGCACUACCAGCCAGUACAUAUGAAGGCGAGCUAUUAACUGUUAACACGAGUUCUGGCAUCUUUGCGCCCUUCCCUGAACCAUCUUACCCAAACGUUGCCGCAUUUCUUGACAUCCCAUUUGCAGAAACGCCGGUCGGAGAUCUCAGGUUCUCGCCACCUGUUGCAAAAAGCUAUCCAGGAGAUAGAGCCAUUAGAGCAACAAAACUACCACGUGGGUGUAUCCAAUACGUGCCUCUAUUGCUUAGAGGUACUGUUGCUGAUAGCCUCGUUUCUGCUGCCAAUUUCCAGCGUGGAGACUACGCGAACACCACAGAAGAUUGUCUGAGACUCUCUUUAUUCACCCCCAAGAAGUCUAUAACUGAAAAUAAAGAUGCGAAAGAUGAACGGUUGCCUGUCGUGAUCUGGGUUCAUGGAGGUGGCUAUAUGAUUGGAGGCACCAACGUGCCAUAUCAGCUUGCCCAGCCCUGGGUCCAGCGAAGCCAGAAGCACAUCGUUGUACAGAUCCAAUAUCGACUCAAUAUCUUCGGAUUACCGAAUGCUGCUGGAUUGGCAAAAGAAGGAAAGAACCUGAACCUGGCGCUGCUCGACCAACGUCUCGCAGUCGAAUGGGUACGCGCUAACAUUGCUCGGUUUGGCGGCGAUCCCAACCGGAUCACGCUUUGGGGUGAAAGUGCAGGUGCAUAUGCUACAGAUGGGUAUCUAUUUGCUUGGGCUCGAGACCCAAUCGUCAAGGGCGUCAUAGCCGAUUCCGGAAAUGCCCUUGCGAUUGAGGGAAGUCUAGGAAAUGCCAGAAAUCACAGCACCUUUUCUAUUGCCGCGAGGCACAUGGGAUGCGGUGAUCUAUCGCCUGAAAAAGAGCUCCAGUGCAUGAGAGGGGUUCCUGAGCACAAGCUUAAGGAGUAUCUACAAGCAGAACUUGGUCAAGGAGGUGCUGCUGACGAUGGCCUCAGCUUCUCGCUUCUUCCUGAUAAUACCACGGCUUUCACCAACUAUACAGAGAGAAUCACUACAGGCUCAUCCAAGUUUCCAGCAAAUAUUCCUCUCUUGAUUGGAACAAACACGAAUGAAGGAGCUGCUGUCAUUCCCUACAACUUCCCAGGCUACAAAACAGCAACAGAGAUACCGGCGAACCUCAAGCCUAUUGCUAAUGGGUUUGGUCUCAAUCUCCAAUGUACUACCCUCAAAGAGAAUCGUUUAAGAUCAAAAGCAGGUGCCAGAACAUUUCAGUACCUCUACGCGGGUAACUUCACCAACGUUUCCCCUCUACCUUGGCUGGGCGCGUACCAUACUGCUGAAUUGCCUCUGAUCUUCGGUACUCAUGGCAUUGAGGGUCCGUCAACCAAAUUCGAGCGAACAGUCAGUGAGAGAAUGCAAGACCUUUACCUCAGGUUUGCUAGUGACCCUGUUCACGGCCUGGAGAAAGAUGGAUGGCCGACAGCACAGCCACAAUUGGACAGGUCGAAGCUUGUCAACUGGGCGGGGAAUGGCAAGGUUGAGCAGAUCGUCGGUGCUAAGAAGUUGAUCGAUGAAUGCAACAGGAACGGAUUUGCUGUAUAA